AUGCCUUUCUUGGAUGUGCAGAAAAGGCUGGGCCUUAAUGUAGACCGCUGGCUGACAGUCCAGAGUGCUGAACAGCCACACAGGCUUCCAGCUCGCUGCCAUGCUUUUGAAAAAGAGUGGAUAGAAUGUGCUCAUGGAAUUGGUGGUAUCCGGGCAGAGAAAGAGUGCAAGAUAGAGUUUGAUGAUUUUUCAGAAUGUUUGCUUCGUCAGAAAACGAUGAAACGCAUGGCCACCAUCAAGCAGCAGCGGGACAAGCUGAUAAAGGAAGGGAAGUACACGCCUCCACCUCACCACACUGGCAAGGGGGAGCCCCGGCCGUGA